CGUGUCCCUUUUUAUACUGAACUUCUCCAUGUGCUAGUGAUUUAAUCCUGGCGUUUACACCCGUUUGUCGACUUAUAAGCCUUCAUUACUCCCCACACUCCACUGUUACUCUACCGGUGUGUACGAUUCCAUCACAACCAGAGAACUUCACUUGGUUGUUGAGGCAAGUCUUGAACUCAUGUCGAUGCUCCUGCCUCAGCCUCCCAAUGCUAGUAUUACAGGUGUUUGCCACCGAGCCCACCCCCUAGGCUCGCUCUUCCACACUCCACGCAUCGCGUGUAGCUUUGAGCUGACUCACACGAUUCUCUGCCUCGCGGGCUCGCGUGGCGCAAGCUCUCCGCGCACUUUUAAAAUCCCCACGACCGCGCCUCCCUGGUGUCCAGGAUUGGAGACCCGCAGGAAAUCUGUGGGCCGGGUCUGGGAUUACCUGGGCGCUGUACGCUAGGGGGCGCACGUGCCCAACUCAGCCACUUCCGGUCCACCGCAAGGUGGGUCCGGGAGCCGGCGGAACCUUUCCGUCGCGCCUUACACGCGCGGCAGGGACGGUUUAGGCUGCCGCACACCGCUCUCCAGGCGCGCUGCUGUUCGCUCAGGACCGCGAAGGAAGGCGCGGAGGUGCUGUCUGCUGCUUCCUUGGUCGUGGGCACCAUGGACGUGCUGGCAGAGGAGUUUGGGACGCUGACCCCGGAGCAGCUGGCCGCGCCGAUCUCGACUGUAGAGGAAAAAUGGAGGCUGCUUCCAGCAUUUCUAAAGGUGAAAGGCCUUGUGAAGCAGCACAUAGACUCCUUUAACUAUUUCAUCAACGUGGAGAUAAAGAAGAUCAUGAAAGCCAACGAGAAGGUCACAAGCGACGCUGACCCGAUGUGGUACUUAAAAUACCUUAAUAUCUACGUCGGGCUUCCUGAUGUUGAAGAAAGCUUCAAUGUAACUAGACCGGUGUCCCCGCAUGAGUGCCGCCUGAGGGACAUGACGUACUCUGCUCCCAUCACAGUGGAUAUCGAGUACACCCGAGGCAGCCAGAGGAUCAUCCGCAACGCCUUGCCCAUUGGCAGAAUGCCCAUCAUGCUCCGAAGCUCAAACUGUGUUCUCACGGGGAAGACUCCAGCAGAAUUUGCCAAACUGAACGAAUGUCCCUUAGACCCAGGUGGCUACUUCAUUGUCAAAGGAGUUGAAAAAGUUAUUCUUAUCCAGGAGCAGCUGUCUAAGAACAGGAUUAUUGUGGAAGCAGACAGAAAAGGGACGGUCGGAGCUUCAGUGACCAGCUCCACCCAUGAGAAGAAGAGUAGAACCAACAUGGCUGUGAAACAAGGACGGUUCUACUUGCGGCACAACACCCUGUCUGAGGACAUACCCAUCGUCAUCAUAUUUAAGGCCAUGGGCGUUGAGAGUGACCAGGAAAUUGUGCAGAUGAUUGGGACCGAGGAGCGGGUGAUGGCUGCUUUUGGGCCCAGCCUGGAGGAGUGCCAGAAGGCACAGAUCUUCACUCAGAUGCAGGCAUUAAAAUACAUAGGAAAUAAAGUAAGAAGGCAAAGGAUGUGGGGAGGUGGACCCAAGAAAACUAAGAUAGAAGAAGCAAGAGAACUCCUGGCUUCUACCAUUCUGACCCAUGUACCAGUCAAGGAAUUCAAUUUCCGAGCCAAGUGUAUCUACACCGCAGUGAUGGUUCGGAGAGUCAUUCUCGCCCAGGGAGACAAUAAAGUCGAUGACAGAGACUACUAUGGAAACAAGCGGUUGGAAUUAGCAGGACAGCUUCUAUCUCUUCUUUUUGAAGAUCUGUUCAAAAAAUUUAAUUCUGAAAUGAAGAAGAUCGCAGACCAGGUGAUUCCCAAACAGAGAGCGGCACAGUUCGAUGUCGUGAAACACAUGCGGCAAGACCAGAUCACCAACGGCAUGGUGAACGCCAUCUCCACCGGAAAUUGGUCUCUGAAGAGAUUUAAAAUGGACCGCCAGGGUGUGACCCAAGUGCUGUCUCGCCUGUCCUAUAUAUCUGCACUGGGCAUGAUGACAAGAAUCUCUUCCCAGUUUGAAAAAACCAGAAAAGUGAGUGGUCCUCGCUCCCUGCAGCCGUCGCAGUGGGGAAUGCUCUGUCCUUCGGAUACUCCUGAAGGAGAGGCCUGUGGUCUGGUUAAAAACUUGGCCCUGAUGACACACAUCACAACCGACAUGGAAGACGGACCCAUUGUUAAGUUAGCCAGCAACCUGGGAGUGGAGGAUGUGAAUUUCCUGUGUGGGGAAGAGCUGUCCUACCCAAACGUGUUUCUCGUCUUUCUCAACGGCAACAUCCUCGGGGUCAUUCGAGACCAUAAGAAGCUGGUGCACACAUUCCGACUGAUGCGAAGGGCUGGGUACAUCAACGAGUUCGUCUCCAUCUCCACAAAUCUCACAGACCGCUGUGUUUAUAUUUCCUCCGAUGGAGGAAGGCUGUGCAGACCUUAUAUAAUUGUCAAGAAACAGAAACCAGCAGUCACAAAUAAGCACAUGGAAGAGCUGGCCCAGGGGUACAGGAAUUUUGAGGAUUUCUUACAUGAGAGUCUGGUCGAAUAUUUAGAUGUCAAUGAAGAAAAUGACUGCAACAUUGCGCUCUAUGAACACACAAUUAACAAAGACACUACCCACCUGGAGAUCGAGCCCUUCACGCUGCUCGGCGUUUGCGCGGGCCUCAUCCCGUACCCGCAUCAUAACCAGUCCCCGAGAAACACCUACCAGUGCGCCAUGGGCAAGCAAGCCAUGGGUACCAUUGGAUACAACCAGCGAAACAGAAUUGAUACUCUCAUGUAUCUACUAGCAUAUCCACAAAAACCCAUGGUUAAGACGAAAACCAUUGAGUUGAUAGACUUCGAGAAGUUGCCGGCAGGGCAAAAUGCGACAGUUGCUGUGAUGAGCUACAGUGGCUACGACAUUGAGGACGCUCUCGUUUUAAACAAGGCCUCCUUGGACAGAGGCUUCGGGCGGUGCCUCGUGUAUAAAAACGCAAAAUGUACGUUGAAGCGGUACACCAACCAGACUUUCGACAAAGUGAUGGGGCCCAUGUUGGACGCUGCUACCAGGAAGCCCAUCUGGAGACAUGAAAUUCUAGAUGCAGAUGGAAUUUGUUCUCCAGGUGAGAAAGUGGAAAACAAACAAGUGCUUGUGAACAAGUCCAUGCCCACCGUGACGCAGAUCCCGCUGGAAGGAAGUAGUAUGGCCCAGCAGCCACAGUACAAAGAUGUGCCCAUAACUUACAAAGGGGCGACCGACUCGUACAUUGAGAAGGUGAUGAUCUCCUCCAACGCCGAGGAUGCUUUCCUCAUCAAGAUGCUGCUGCGGCAGACGAGGCGCCCAGAGAUCGGGGACAAGUUCAGCAGUCGUCAUGGGCAGAAAGGUGUGUGUGGCUUGAUCGUCCCCCAGGAAGACAUGCCAUUUUGUGAUUCUGGCAUCUGUCCGGACAUCAUAAUGAACCCACACGGCUUCCCAUCGAGAAUGACGGUGGGUAAACUCAUUGAGCUGCUGGCCGGCAAGGCGGGCGUGUUGGACGGCAGAUUCCACUACGGCACCGCAUUUGGCGGGAGCAAGGUGAAGGACGUGUGUGAGGACCUCGUCCGCCACGGGUACAACUACCUGGGGAAGGACUACGUCACCUCUGGAAUCACAGGGUCUGGCCUGCUUGAGCCCGAGGAGAAGUUGACGGAGCCAUGCAUGCAAGUGUGCAAGUGAGCAGAGCCAGGUGUGCACAGCUGCCUGUCCCCUGAGCCCACGGCGUCUCAUGCUGCUCCCCCGCUCUGCUGUGGCCCAGUGUGUCCUCACCUCAGCGCUUCUGUUCCCUGCUCUAGCUCUAGAUUUUAGAAAAAGGCUUUUGCUUUGUUUUGUUUUGCUUUUUUUUCUGCAUGUGCACACUCUUCAAACCCUCACCACAGGUAUCCAGAGGGUCUGAAUAAGCUGUGCCACAAAGGUUUGCUGAGCACCAGCGGUGCACCUGACAGGGUCACAGGUGCUGGCAUCGCGGGGACAAAGGAGGCACAGGGCUGAUCCUUUCGGAGUUUGCACCUUGCGGGGAAGACGGGCAGCAAGCAGAGAAAUAACCCACUAGUCCAGUAGCAGUCAGUGCGGAGGAGGGCAGAGGCUGCUUCCGAAAGGCUGUCGGGGAGAGGCUGUCUGUGGAGCUGCACUGUGCGCAGGGCCGUGUGUGCCCGGGGACGGAAUGUCCCAGGCAGAGACCCAGGGGCAUGCUGCAGGAAAGCAGGCGGUGUUGCUGGAGUAGAGCGAGCUGGGAGAGAACAGGAAGAAACAGGUGGGCAGGAACUCGAUUGCUUUGGCCUUCUGGCCGUGUUACAGAGUUCUGGCAACAUAGGUUGUGUGUGGGGAGUUUGGCACGGAGUGUCCUUGUGCUGUGACAGGACUCCUGCGUGGUGUGCAACGGUCAGGCUGUUGAGGCAUGGGCGUGGGAGCCGGAAGACCAGCAAGGAGAUGGUCCGGGCAGCCCAGGCAGAGGAGGGUGGUGGCAGGAACUGGACUGCCUGCUGCACACCUCGUUUAAAUGCGUCUUUUUACUGUAGCUCCACAAACCGCACAUCCUGCGUACCCAGCCACAGACCCUUUGUGAGCCAGAACAUGCAGCGAGGGUGCUAGGAAGGCCCACUCUCCCAGGCCUUGGCUCCU